CACUUCUACCACAGGUCAGGCUGCACAGCUUCAUUCGUGUCGACUGCUCAGAGUCCGCGAAUACAAGUCCGCACCUCCCACCACCGACUCAGUCUGACCACACACACUCCACUCCACAGCAGCUUCUCCUGCUUCUGUUCCAACAUGUCUUUCUACAAUUUUGGCCUGGAGCCAAUCUCCUGCCACGCCUGGAACCAAGACAGGACACAGAUUGCAAUGAGUCCCAACAAUAAUGUGGUAAACAUCUACGAGAAAAAAGGCAAAGAAUGGGUCAAGAUCCAUGAGCUGACUGAGCACAGCGGACGAAUAACAGGCAUUGACUGGGCUCCAGUGUCCAACCGCAUUGUGACAUGUGCCUCUGACCGAAAUGCCUAUGUGUGGACUCUGAAGGACGGUGCAUGGAAACCCACCCUGGUCCUGGUGCGCAUCAAUCGUGCUGCCACCUGUGUGAAGUGGUCUCCACUGGAGAACAAGUUUGCAUUGGGCAGUGGAGCUCGUCUCAUUUCUGUGUGCUACUUCGAGAAAGAGAAUGACUGGUGGCUGAGUAAGCACAUCAAGAAGCCCAUUCGUUCCACGGUCCUGAGUCUGGACUGGCAUCCCAACAAUAUCCUGCUGGCUGCUGGGUCUGCAGAUUUCCACUGUCGAAUUUUCUCAACCUACAUUAAAGACAUUGAGGACAAACCUGGACCCACUGCCUGGGGGGCCAAGAUGCCCUUUGGAGAGGUGAUGCUUGAGCACAAGGACUGUGGUGGGUGGGUGCAUAGCAUCUCCUUCUCCCCCAGUGGAGACCAGCUUGUCUGGGUGGCCCACAACAGCAGCAUCUCUGUGGCCGAUGCAGCCAAUGGGAAGGAGUUAACCCAGCUGACCACUGACCACUUGCCGCUACUGGGCGUGCUUUAUGUCAGCCCCAGUGAGAUUGUUGUCGCGGGUCAUGACUGUUGUCCCUACCAGUACACUUAUAAAGGCCCAGGGGCUCUGGAGUUUGUGAAAAAGCUGGACAUCCCCAAGCAGACAUCCAAGAGCAGCAUGUCGGCCAUGCAGCACUUCAAGAACCUGGAUAAGAAGGCCACGGAAGAGGACAGCAGUGAACUGGACACACUGCACCAGAACAGCAUCACGCAGCUGUGUUUUGUAUCAGGAGAGAAGGCCAAAGUGGAGAAGUACAGCAGUGUCGGUCUGGAUGGAGCCAUGGUGAUCUGGGAGUUUAAGCACUGAAACAUCACAAGCUGUCACAUGAGUCAUCUGAACCAACUGGAGCUACUCAACCCACAAGCACAUAAAUAUCAGACUACAGAUUUACAGUACUUUGAAAUAACUGUCUGCACAUACUUGUCAAAUUUGUCAAUAAAAGAUGUUUUAGAUUCAAAAGAUCAUCUCAUGGCAGAUGUUGUCAUGGAUCAUGUUGUAUAAGAUGUAUUCAUUAUGAUGAGAUAAUGGUUAUUAGUUAAGUAAAUUCUAUCUGUACAACGCACUUACAAAAAAGUUGAGAUGCUGUGUAACAUGUAAAUGAAAAUGCAAUGAGAAUGCAAAGAUUAGUAAAUCUAAUAUUUUAUAGAACACAUAAAACAUAUCAAAUAGUUAAACUGACCAAACCAGUAACACUUUAUAAUAACUAUACACUAUUAAGCAUUAGUUAAGCAUUGGUUAAGCAUAAUUUAAGCAUUAGUUAAUCCUUAAUUCCUGAUGAACUCAUCAUGAAUUCACCAUUAGUAAUGCAUUACAAAGCAUUAGUAAAGACAGUUAUAAAUGCUCAACUAAUACAUUACUAAGCAUUAGUCAAGCAUUAGUAAAUCCUUAAUUUUUCAUGAAUUAACCAUUAAUUCAACAUUAGUAAUGCAUUACAAAGCAUUAGUAAAGACAGUUUUAAAUGUUCAACUAACACAUUAAGCAUUAGUUAAACAUUAGUAAAGUGCGUAAUUAAUUGUUAACUCAUCAUUUGUAAAUAAUUAGUUAUACAUUACUAAGCAUUAGUAAACACAGUUAUAAACAUUUUAAACUCAACCCAUUUAUAAGUACUUAAGCAGCAGUUGAGCAUUAGUAAAUGCUAAUUAAUCAUGAAUUCAUGAUCUGUAUGGCAUUUAUUAUGCAUUACUAAGCACUUAAUAAACUCGGUUAAAAAUG